GGUAGAGCGAUGAGCAACGGUAAGUCACUCCCGAUCGAUUGGCGCCCCCGUUGCCAAGAUAUCUCUCGUCAGAGCAAAGAGGGAAUUCCCCCUCGAAGCUGAGAGAUUGGAUGCCAAGCAGAAUAGGGUGAUCAUGCCUCUGCCCUCGUAGAAGCUUUGUGGUACCUCUAUCCUCGUUUUUUUUUUCCAGGGAACUACAUUGCGCCUGGAGAGAAUCGUCCGUGCGUCCUGAUUCUUUACGUGGAGUGCACUCUGUCUGCAUGGCCUCUUCCAGCGGGUGACUGGAAGAAAUCUCUGGAUGGCGCUUUUGGUUUUGCAGUGGAUGCGGCAGCGAAACGUUUCAACCUGCGGAAGGAAGAUCUGGAGGUCAAAAUCAGUGAUCCUAGCUACAAGAACUCGAGGCUGAAGCCUGAGGCAUGGGCCAGACAGAACUACACCAGGGUUGUUCCCAAGCCACACCAGGGACUGGAGGGCGAAAACACGAGACUCAAAGCUCUGAACUCCAAGUUGAUCCUGCAAGUCACCAAACAGAAAGAAGAGAUCGAGAACAAGCUUAUGAAGGUCAACAAAGAGCAAGCUGAGAAAAUCCAGGAGCUGCAGAAGGACUCCAGGGAGAGCCUUAAGGAGGAGAAUACCAAACUCAUGGAGAGAGUGGCAAAGCUCGCGGAGGAAACUUCGAAGCUGAAGGAGGAACUUACAGACCUGAGUCGUCAGCUUUCAGCCCAGGGCCGUCAACUCUCAGCAUUGGAGCAGAGGUUAUCUGCAUUGCGCAUGGUCGAGCGAGUGCUUCUGCAAAAGCUCUGUGAGGCCGCUCGGGAGAAAUGCGUGAGGCUUGCGAGAGAAGCAGAUGUGGAGAUCCCACUCGCAGCCGAUGGAAAAACAAAUUGGAAUGCGUUUUAUAACAUUCCAGAUCGUGGCAUUGUUAAACGAUGCAGUGCUCACCGUGGGGCUCGAAUAUGCCAGAUCGAUCCCGCGGCGUUUGCAUGCCGGUGCGCAUCAAGUGGUGGAGUCGGAGGAGGUGUUCCUGGACACAGUGCUGGAGCUGACGCUCAACGAGUUCCGGACCAAAAUGGAGAACAUUCUGGUGUUCGUCUAGCCAGCAGCUCACGCUUCUCUCCAAGCGGCCUUUAAGGCUGACUCUCCGACUGAGUAAAGAUUUUGCAACGAAUCUUUGUUCCUUCGAAUUUUCUCCCUUCAAUAGCUAUCCUUUCGAGUUCUAGAGUGUCUGCUGUCCUUAACAUCGGAAGAUACGAGUAAGCUGAAGUAAAUGUAAAAACUCUUUUGUCGCUAAA